CAGUGAUGGCAUUUCCCAGAACAGCUGCCGCCCCCUCGGGAACACGAGUCACAAGACUCGCUUAUCUUUAUCAGCUCAACGUCAGGGGGCAAACUGGAAAUCAAACACCAGUCCGGUUGCUACGCAACCUGGCGAUCAAGUCCUCUGCCAGCACCCCUCCGACUCCGGGUCAACAACCUGCCAAGGACAAUGCCCAAACCACUGCGAGCAGCUCAAGUACGGCCAGUACGACUAGGAAAAAGACGCAGGCCGAGUUGGAUGAGGAGCUGAAGAGGAAGAUGGAGGGACUCUCUGGGGAGGGGGGCGAAUCAGGAGUAGAGUAUGAGGAUGGCAAGCCGGUGGCUAUGAAGAGGGGGGUUAGGGAGAAUAUGUUUCGAUAUAUUUAGUAUUACUAGUAGUUAUACAUUAUGAAGUCUACUAAGUCUUUGAAUAUAUAGAGUAUCAAUCGUUGG